AUGCAGGGUAUAAUGGAGGUUGUGAAAAAAAUAUGUCCAGAAGUGAAGCAUAGGUUGUGUGCUAGGCACAUCCUUGCUAAUUUCCAUAAAAAGUUUAAGGGUGAGUGCUACAUAAAACCUUUCUGGAGGGCUAUAAAGGUGACUACAAUUCAUAAAUUUGAACUUGCAAUAGAAGAGAUCAAGAGCUUUGAUAUAGGAACAUACAACUAUCUCAUUAAAAGGGACCCUAACUGUUUGUCAAGUGUUUUUUUAAGGUGGGAAUGGGAUGUGAUGCAAUGGAAAAUGGUGUUUCUAAGAGCUUCAAUGCUGCUAUUGAAGAAGCUAGAAAAAGCCAUUGAUCACUAUGUUAGAGGACAUAAGGAUUCUGGGCUCCAUAUGUUAGUGGAUAAAACCAUUUUGAGGUUGUGCAAGGUAAUGAAAAGUAUAGUAUUGGCUUGGAGAAAAGAGAAUAUGGAUGUAAAGGUUGAGGAAUAUGUUGCAGAGUGGAUUACUAAAUCUGCAUUUCUUAGGGCCUAUGAGUACACCAUACAUCCCCUAAAUGAUAGUACCUUGUGGCUCCACAUGCCUAAUGUUGACUGGAUACUACCUCCUAUUAGGAGGAGGUUACCUAGUAGGCCAUAUGUGAAAAGAAAAAGAGACCAAGCAGAAAAUGAACUCAGUGGGAAUACAAGACAUACUAUAAGCAUGGCAUGUCCAAGCUCUCCAGCUCCCAGUGAUCCAACACAUGUGAAUCAAGAUCCUAUGACUCAAGAUCAUGUUAAUCAAGAGCAUUUGAUUCAAGAGAAUGUCCAUGUGAAUCUAGAUCCUGAGAAUCAAGAUCCUGUGAAUGAAGUAUCUAUCAACCAAGAUCCUGUGAAUCCAGUACCUGUUAACCAAGUACCUGUGAAUCUUAGUGUUAGAGGGCCUAAGAUCCUUGGUGUUAGAGCAAGGAAGCCUUCAUAA